AUGACUGAGAAAGGCGCGCAUUUGUUAGAGCGCCCACUUUACGUAUUCGAUCUUCCCGAAGAGCUCCUAGCCACACUCACGCUCAAAGACCAAGCCGAACGACCACCACAAAAAGAGGCCCCACUAGAGUCACGUAAAGAGGUGGGAGACGAUGAUGGCGCGCCAGCCAAAGCGACAUCAUGCAACCUUUGCGGCCUCGGCUUUGUGACGCUUGCAGACCAGCGCAGCCACGUCCGAUCCGACCUUCACGGCUACAAUCUGAAGCAGAAGAUAAAGGGUGCCAAGCCAGUGGGCGAAGCAGAGUUUGAGAAGCUCAUCGGAGAUUUGGAUGAGAGCAUAUCGGGAUCGGAAUCAUCGGAAUCUGACGAGGAAGACGAGGAAGACGGAAGCAAACCGAAAGACUCGACUCUCAGUGCGCUCCUGAAGAAGCAGGCAAAGAUAUCAGAUCCCGAGUUCGACGAAUUCUCCUCACAAAAGAAGCAGCGAGGGCCUGGCAAGCCUCCGUUGCUGUGGUUCACAUCUCCGUCCAUACCUGAAAAUAUGUCGCUCGGCGUGUAUCGUGCGAUAUUCUCCAACACGGAGCAGGAAGCAGAGUCACAGAUUCUAGAUACUAUACGGAACAAGCAGCUGUCGCCAAAGCAAGCUCCAAAAAUCAAGGCAAAUGAGGGCGGGGUCCCGCUCCCCGGGACAGACAUUGGGCCGCAUUACUUCCUGUGCAUGAUUGGAGGGGGCCAUUUCGCUGCUAUGAUUGUAGCACUGGCUCCAAAGACAGGGAAAAAGCAUACCGGAGUCGAUGAGCGGUCUACGACUGUGAUAGCACACAAGACGUUCCACAGGUACACCACACGACGAAAACAGGGUGGAUCGCAGUCGGCCAAUGACAACGCAAAGGGCAAUGCACACUCUGCCGGUUCAUCGAUACGUCGCUACAACGAGAGUGCGCUGGUCAACGAGGUACGGGAGCUGUUAUCUAGUUGGAAGAGCAUGAUAGACACAGCAGAACUGGUAUUCGUCCGCGCGACAGGUGCUACAAAUCGGAGGACUUUGUUCGGUCCAUAUGAAGGCCAGGUGCUGCAUCAAAACGACCCGAGGAACCGAGGAUUUCCAUUUAGCACUCGGCGAGCAACCCAAAAGGAGCUUAUGCGCGCGUUUGUGGAGCUCACACGCGUCAAGCAGAGUACUAUCGACGAAGCUGCCCUAGCUGCUAUGAACAAUCCUGAAGCUACACGAACAACUACAACACCAGCAGCGAAACCCAAGCCUCCGAAGCCGACCAAGGAGGAGGAGCUUGCUACACUACACACGUCACAAAUCAUACCCCUCAUCAAGCGCUCCAAGGUCCCUGCGUUACUGAAUUACAUCAAGACCAACAGCGUUCCAUCCACGUUUACAUUUCUCCCAGCAAACCAUCAUACACCCACACCACUACAUCUCGCUGCAUCUCUCAACUCCGCGCCUAUCGUACUAGCGCUGCUCACAAAAGCUGGUGCUGACCCAACGCUCAUGAAUGAUGAUGCUCGAACGCCAUUCACCUUGACGGGCGAUCGUGCAACGCGUGAUGCCUUCCGCGUUGCACGGUCGGAGCUCGGGGAAUCAGCCUGGGACUGGGAGCAAGCCGGCGUGCCUGCAGCCAUCACCAAGGCUGAAGCUGACAAGCGAGAUGCACAGGAGAAGAGCGAGAAAGCAGCAGAAAGCAAAGCCGAGGCUGAUCGGAGAAAGGCAGAGACGGAAAGGGUACGAAAGGAGAGCGAGGCUGCUGAGGCGAAGCGGAAUGAGACGAGACUUGGUAAGGGCAAGACUUUGGGCGCUCCCGUCAAGACUGGGGCCGAUCUGAGGGAAGAAGAGAUGCGAGGCCUGACGCCUGAAGCAAGGGCUCGACUGGAGAGAGAGCGAAGGGCUCUGGCGGCAAUGAGGCGCAUGCAGCAGUGA